AGACCCUUGGGGCGGGCUCUGCUCCCCAGGCUGAGCUGAGGGGACCUGCGUGCCCUGGGGGCCACGGUCACCGCUGGGGGGGACACAGGGCACCGCUGGAGGUGUUUGCAGGGGGACGCCCCCUUUCCAUAACCCAUGGCUGUGUAGGUUUCCACUAUGGGGCAAUACCUCCUUUUCUGGGGGACUUGGGGGAACUGAGCCCGGAGCUCACUUUGCCCCAACCCCGCUUCCACACCCCGCCAAGGGCACAAAACGCCACGGGAGCUGCCCAGCACCCCGCCAUCACUCUGCUGGGGGUGGAGGGGGGUGGGCAGGAUGGGACGCGGGCUGCCUCCCACCCCUCCCUGUCCCGCAUUGCUGCUGGGAGCAGCUGACGGGGAUGGGGACAGCUGUCCCUUUCCACCGGGCGCCAGGCCCAGAAGGUCGACGUGCAGGCGGCCGAGCGGAGCCCCAGCCCCUGCGCCCCCACGGCUCCGCCAUGCGCGGCCUCCUCCUCGCCCUCUGCGCCCUGGCAGGUGUGAGCUGCAGGAACCAGGAGGAGAAGCUGCUCCAGGACCUGAUGACCAACUACAACCGGCACCUGCGCCCGGCCCUGCGCGGGGACCAAGUCAUCGAUGUCACCCUCAAGCUCACCCUCACCAACCUCAUCUCCCUGAAUGAGCGGGAGGAGACCCUCACCACCAAUGUCUGGAUCGAGAUGCAAUGGUCCGAUUACCGCCUGCGGUGGGACCCUGAAGAAUACGACAACAUCCAGCUGCUGCGGGUGCCCUCCACCAUGGUCUGGCUGCCCGACAUCGUCCUGGAGAACAACAUUGACGGGACGUUCGAGAUCACGCUCUACACCAACGUGCUGGUGUCCCCCGACGGCAGCAUCUACUGGCUGCCCCCCGCCAUCUACCGCAGCUCCUGCUCCAUCCACGUCACCUACUUCCCCUUCGACUGGCAGAACUGCACCAUGGUCUUCCAGUCCCAGACCUACAGCGCCAACGAAAUCAACCUGCUGCUGACGGUGGAGGAAGGCCAGACCGUGGAGUGGAUCUCCAUCGACCCCGAGGCCUUCACAGAGAACGGCGAGUGGGCCAUCAAGCACCGCCCCGCGCGGAAAAUCAUCAAUUCGGGGCACUUCACCCCGGACGACACCCAGUACCAGCAGGUGGUCUUCUACCUCAUCAUCCAGCGCAAGCCCCUCUUCUACAUCAUCAACAUCAUCGUGCCCUGCGUCCUCAUCUCCUCCAUGGCCGUGCUCGUCUACUUUCUGCCCGCCAAAGCGGGCGGUCAGAAAUGCACCGUCUCCAUCAACGUGCUCCUGGCCCAGACCGUCUUCCUCUUCCUCAUCGCCCAGAAGGUGCCUGAGACCUCCCAGGCGGUGCCGCUCAUUGGGAAGUACCUGACCUUCCUCAUGGUGGUGACGGUGGUGAUCGUGGUGAACGCCGUCAUCGUCCUCAACGUCUCGCUGAGAACGCCCAACACUCACUCCAUGUCCCAGAGGGUGCGCCAGGUGUGCCUGCACCUCCUGCCCCGCUACCUGGGCAUGCACAUGCCGGAGGAGGCGCCGGGGCCGCCGCGAGCCUCCCGGCGACGCAGCUCCCUGGGGCUGAUGGUGAAAGCCGACGAGUACAUGCUCUGGAAAGCCCGGACCGAGCUGCUCUUCGAGAAGCAGAAGGAGAGGGACGGGCUGAUGAAAACCGUGCUGGAGAAGAUCGGCCGCGGGCUGGAUAGCGGCUACGCUCAGGACUUCUGCCAGAGCCUGGAGGAGGCAGGCCCCGAGAUCCGUGCUUGUGUCGAUGCCUGCAACCACAUCGCCAACACCACGCGGGAGCAGAACAACUUCAGCAGCGAGAACGAGGAGUGGAUCCUGGUGGGGCGGGUGAUCGACCGCGUCUGCUUCUUCAUCAUGGCCUCCCUCUUCGUGUGCGGCACCGUCGGCAUCUUCCUCAUGGCUCACUUCAACCAGGCGCCCGCCCUGCCCUUCCCCGGGGACCCCAAGCCGUACCUGCCCCAGUGACACCCGGCAGUCCCCUGCCACUGGCUCCGAGGCCGAUGCCAGGGGCUGGAUGUGCCGCAGAUCUACGUGC